CAUUUUGACUGGUAUCUGAGAGCCUACGAAUAUAAGCCCGUUUUGAAAGUCAUGUCUAAGUGAUUUGGGAAACCCAACAGCUCUUGGCUCUGUGACGAACAGCUUGGCAAACAUUGUGCAACACUUGCUCAGGCUCUCUCCGCGAUGUCGCCACAGACUCUAAGAGUCUAUAUAAAGGGGUGAAGUGGUCGACUUAUGAUGUUCCAAUCUCCUCGUCACAGCUCGUAGACUCCAGACCGAUUCAUCCAUCCUACUCCCAACAUGCCUAGUAUUCGCAACUUGGCUCUGUUCUUCGGAGCCUUGCUCCCUGCUGCCUUCGCUGCCCCGGCGAAGAAGGUUAGCGACCCUGAAUACAUUCCCAACAAAUACAUCGUCACCUUGAAGACCGAUGUCAGCGCCAGCGAAUUCGAGAGUCACGUUAACUGGGCUCGUGAUGUUCACGCUCGAAGCUUGAGCCGUCGUGAUACUGUUGGUGUUGAGAAGACCUACAGCAUUGAUGACUUCAAGGCCUACGCUGUCGAGAUGGACGAGGCUACCGUUGCCGAGAUAAAAGCCAGCCCUCAGGUCGCUAUUGUCGAGCAGGACCAGGUUUGGCAUCUAUUCGAUGAUGUGGUGGAGGUCUCCGAGCGAGAGAUCUCUGAGCGAGCCCUAGUUCAGCAGACUGGCGCGACCUGGGGCUUGGGCACGAUAUCCCACAGAUCCAGGGGCUCUACCAACUAUAUCUACGACAACAGCGCGGGUGCUGGAACUUACGCUUAUAUUGUUGACACCGGCCUAUUGACCACUCACACCCAAUUCGGUGGUCGCGGUUCUUAUGGCUACAAUGCUGUCGGUGGCCAGAACAUUGACUCUAACGGUCACGGAACCCAUGUCGCUGGUACUCUUGCCGGUGCUACCUACGGUGUAGCCAAAGCCGCUACUAUCAUCUCCGUCAAGGUUUUCUCUGGAUCCUCUAGCUCUACCUCUAUAAUCCUCGAUGGCUUCAACUGGGCUGUCAAUGAUAUCCUUAGCAAGGGCCGCCAAAGGCUGUCUGUAAUCAGCAUGUCGCUCGGCGGUGGCUACUCUGCUGCCUUCAACAACGCUGUCAACAGUGCUUACAACUCUGGUGUUCUAUCUGUCAUCGCGGCCGGCAACGACGCUAUUGACGCCGCUAAUGUUUCCCCUGCCUCUGCUGCCAAUGCCAUCACCGUUGGCGCCAUUGACUCCAACUGGGCUUUCGCUUACUUUUCUAACUACGGCUCCUACGUCGAUAUCUCUGCCCCCGGUGUCAAUGUCCUGUCCUCAUGGAUUGGUGGCAACAGCGCUACUAACACCAUCUCUGGUACAUCCAUGUCCACUCCUCAUGUAGCCGGUCUUGCUCUCUACCUCAUUGCCCUUGAAGGUCUCUCUUCCCCUGCUGCCGUCACUGCCCGCAUUAAGUCGCUGGGUACUUCCAACGGAAUCUCCAGCCUCCCCAGAAGUACUGUGAACCUCAUCGCCUAUAACGGCAACGGUGCUUAAAUAGUGGAAGACUUCAGGCCAUAAUGUGCUAAAGUUUUACCAGGCUAGCAGCAUUCUGGCAAUGGUGUUUUGAAGCUGCGAGCACCCGACGAGCUUAUGAUCAUGACAAGCCGAAUUGUUGAACAAGGCGGCACAUCUUUUGGGAGAGGAGUGUAUCGUCUAGCAUACAACUUAGCUAGUUUCAAGGAUUCAAUGCGUUAUAAAAAAUGUAAAUAUCCGGCUCUUCAUGCGCGUUACACAGAUUUUCUAUAGAAUUCUAAACGCGAACACCAGAUCUAGACUAGGCUCAACCAGUUGU